AUGAAACAACUCCGCGCCGUAACAGGGCUGUUGUUCAGCCUGCUUGCUGUGCAGGUCAUAGCCAAAAAGAAUAAGCCCGACAUCGAAAAGACCAACUUUCACGCAAAACCAGCGGGCAUCGUAUACUUUGAGGAUAGCGAUGUGGUGCUGGCUACCAACCCAGAUGACCAGUCCACCUUCCGCUCACCAGACGCAGGUGCAACAUGGGCCAAAGUCAAGGACAUAACAGAGGGCGAGGUGCUGGAGGUGUUGCGAAAUCCGUUCGAUAAGCAGACGGCCGUCGUGCUUGGAACCAAGCGGAAACACUGGAUCACCCACGACCGCGGUGAAUCGUGGCGCGAGUUCAGCACCGACGAGGAUCCCGCUCGUCGCCAGCCGGGCAUCGCCUUUCACGCCACCGAUCCCCAGCGCAUGCUGUACCGUGCCGAAGGCUGCCAUGGCCCGCUCUGUUCAGACUCGGUAUACUACACUGUCAAUGGCUUCAAGGACAAGGCGGAACUGUUGGGCGAGGGCUUGACCAACUGUCUUUGGGCAAAGAGCUCCGAGGUGUUUGCAGAGAAGAACAAGGACCUCGAUGACAACACCAUACUUUGCAUACGCGAGGGCAAGUUCUCGUGGUUCUCCCACAACUACCGUGCGGUGAUCACCAAGGACUUCAUGGAGACCGAGCCCAUCGAGCCAACCCUGAGCAGUGGCGGGACUGUGGAGGGGAUAACUAACAUUGCCUCCGCGAAGGGAWAUCUCGUCUUUGCUGCUAAGAGCGAGCGGACCACCGAAAUGGCCAUGUACGUCAGUGACGACACCGAGGUCUGGCAUCGUGCGGAGUUUGGGGAGCACAAAUUGGAAGAGGGCGCGUAUACGCUCCUCGAGAGCACCAAUUACAGCAUGCAAGUCGAUGUCAUGACGACCAGMCCGUACAGCAUGAACGCCAUGGGCGUGCUGCUCACAUCCAACAGCAAUGGCACUUUCUUCACGAAGAAUAUUGAACACACGAAUCGAAGCCCAAGCGGCUUUGUGGACUUUGAAAAGAURUCCAAUAYCCAGGGCAUCGUCCUUGUAAACACCGUGGAGAACUGGAAGGACGCUGAACACAAGGACUCGGUACGCAAAGAGGUGGUGUCGAAAAUAUCCUUCGAUGAUGGUCGAACUUGGGAGAAUCUGGAAGUUGAUGGCAAGAAGCUGCACCUCCAUUCGGUUACGCAGCAACGCAACAUGGGCCGCGUAUUCAGCAGUCCGGCUCCUGGCAUAGUUAUGGGAGUUGGCAAUACUGGUGACUCCCUGGACAGCUAUGAAAAGGGCAAUUUGUAUGUCUCUGACGAUGCUGGGUUGACCUGGAAGAAGGCUCUCGACAAGCCGCAUAUCUUCGAGUUUGGUGCUCAAGGCUCUAUUCUGGUCGCCAUCGCAGAUGAUGAGACGGACGAAGUCAGAUGGUCUGUUGAUCACGGCAAGACAUGGGAGAAGACCGACCUGGGAGACAAGAUCAAGCCUACGACGCUCACAACCACCCCGGAUUCGACGUCCCUCAAGUUCAUGCUGAUAGGGGCCGGCCCUAAGUCGGACUAUUACAUCUACUCUUUGGACUUCAACGCCCUUGAUAAGCGCGAAUGCGAGAAGAAAGACUUUGAGGAUUGGCCGGCUCGCGUUGACGACGAGGGCGAGCCUGUCUGCAUCAUGGGCCACACUCAGUCUUUUAGGAGAAGGAAGCCGGACGCCGAUUGUUUCGUUGCCAACAAGGACUUCCAAGAUCCCGAAGAGAAGCGGGAAAAAUGCAAAUGUCUCAAGAGAGAUUUCGAAUGCGACUAUAAUUUCAAGCGCGAAGACGGCAAAUGCGUGYGGAAUGGCCGAAUCAUUCCACCCGACGGUGCUUGCAGUGGCGACAAGAAAACAUUCAUGGGUACUUCUGGGUAUCGAUUGAUUCCAGGGAACGACUGUGAGGGAGGCGAGGACUUGGCCAAGGAGGAAGAGCACAAUUGUGACGAAUCAACAGCACCUCCUGCUAGCGGCGAGAUUGCAAAUGAGAUGACCAAAUUCGACGGCGAUGAGGUCGCGGAGUACUAUUAUCUGGAGCGAGAAGCCAGCAACAGCAACCAGGAUGGCGACGAAACGAUUCUUAUGCGUACCAAUCACAAGCAGCUCUGGCUGACCCAUAAUCACGGCAAGAAGUGGGCUCGAAUUCACAAGGACGAAGAGAUUCUUGCAAUAUACCCUCAUCAAUAUCUCAACGAAAGGGUUUACCUGAUUACACCCGGUAAGAAGGUGUUUUACUCGACCGACUUUGCGCAGAAUUUCCACUCCUUCGACGCACCGGACGAGCCCAACCGGGCUAAAGUCCAGGUCUUGAAUUUCCAUCCCACAGAAAAGGACUGGUUGAUAUGGACAGGCUCCCGUGACUGCAAAUCCGACACAGAAUGCAUGACCGUCGCACAGGUGUCGAAGAAGGGCGGUGAGGAGUGGGAGACACUACUCCGCGCUGUCAGAAAAUGCCAGUUUGUCUACCGUGAAGAUCGCGACAGCUCCGACGAGUUGGUGUAUUGCGAGCAGUUCGAGAACGAAGUCGAGAAUCGCGACACUCCAAAGCUGCUCAUGAGUAGUGACGACUGGUUCGUGCAUAAGAAGGAACUCAAGCGUAACGUUAUUAACUUUGCGACCAUGGCCGAAUACAUUGUCGUCGCUGUCCGCGAUGAUGAGAGAGACACCUUAAAGGUUGACACCAGCAUUGACGGUGUCAGUUUUGCCGACGCCAAAUUUCCAUAUGGUAUGGACGUUCCCCACCAGCAUGCGUACACUGUACUGGACUCCAGUACACAUGCAAUCUUUUUGCAUGUCWCCGUGAACGAUGAAGAAGAUCACGAAUAUGGCAGUAUUGUCAAAAGCAACAGCAACGGCACGUCGUACGUCUUGUCAAUAGGAGAAGUCAACAGGAAUACAGCUGGCUUUGUCGAUUUCGAAAAGAUGCAAGGUAUCGAGGGUGUAGCAGUCAUCAAUCGUGUGGCCAAUCCAAAAGAUACGGGCUCUGGAAAGGCCAAGAAACUGAAGACCUACAUUACCCACAACGACGGCGCUGAUUGGGACCUCUUGGAGCGCCCGACGGAUCCGCCGAAGGGAGCCAAGUGGUGCAAAGGCAACAAAGACAAAUGCAGCCUCCACUUGCACGGUUACACUGAGCGAAAGGAUCCUAGGGACACCUACAGCUCUGGUAGUGCCGUUGGCUUGAUGAUUGGCACGGGGAACGUUGGCGAGUUCCUUGGGAGCAAGAAGGAUGCUGAUACCUACCUCACCAGAGAUGCCGGGCUUACAUGGAACUUUAUCGCAGAGGGCAAUUGGAUGUGGGAGUACGGUGAUCAGGGCUCCAUCAUUGUGAUUGUCAAGGAGGAAGAACCCACAGACUUCGUGCUCUACUCUCUGGACGAGGGAGUAAGUUGGGAGAAGCAUUCCAUCGGAGAAGAGAUGCUUGUCAACGAUAUCAGCACGGUUCCGAGCGACACCAGCCGGAACUUUCUCCUCUGGGGUAAGGUCGGGGGCAAGAUCGCCACCAUCAACGUGGACUUUAGCGGCAUGAAAGAAAGGAGCGAGCAAUGCAAACUCGACGAAGGUCACCCCAAGGCCGAUGACUACGAUCUAUGGUCGCCGAGGCAUCCACUCCAGGCCGACAAUUGUCUAUUUGGUCAUGUCGCCGAGUACCAUCGGAAGCGGCCCGACCAUCCAUGCUUUAACGGGCGGAAUGUGGAGCGUCUUCACAGUAUCGCCUCAAACUGUACCUGCGCACGUUCGGACUACGAGUGCGACUACAACUAUGAGCGCGUGGCGACUGGUGAAUGUCGGCUCGUUAAGGGUCUGGCGAAACCAAAUCCAGCAGACGUUUGCAAGAAGAACCCGGAACUAACGGAGUAUAACGAGGUCACUGGCUACCGUCGCAUUCCGCUUACCACAUGCUCAGGCGGCAACGAACUCGAUCAGACAACGAAAACACACCCAUGUCCGGAUCAUUUGGAUGAGUUCAAGAAGAAGCACAGCAUCAGCGGCGCUGGCCUGUUCUUUGCCAUUAUUUUGCCAAUUGCAGCUGCGGCUGGUGUGGGAUACUGGGUCUUCCAGCACUGGGACGGCAAGUUCGGUCGCAUCCAGCUGGGCGAUGGCAUGGGUGGUGGGUAUGGAGGGGCCUUUGAUGGCGAUGCACCUUGGAUAAAGUAUCCCGUCAUGCUCAUCUCCGGCAUUGUAGCCGUGGUCGCUGCCCUGCCCCUGGUUGUGGGAAGCGUAUGGAAGACGAUCAACACAAGACUGGGCCGAGGCAGUAGCAGUUACAGCAGACCCUUUACCAGCCGGAGCAGUUUCCAACGCGGAAGAGGCGAUUAUGCUGUUGUCGAUCCAGAUGAAGGCGAGCUUCUUGGAGAUGAUAGCGAUGAGGAUAUAUGA